AUGCUUUCCCUUUUCUGCAACCUCCGAGUCGUCGAUUCUCUUCAGUCGCGGGUUUUUCAUGUUGGCAAAAACCCUCCCGACGUGCUCAACAAUAUCAUCGUACAUAUCUACUUAAAUGCGAAAGGAAAGCAGAUUCACACCACAGCCACAUCCGGUCCAAUUAAAGGCCUUUUUGGCAUCGGCACAUCUCAUGGAGGUCCAGGAACACACUCGAAUCCAAUCGUCAUCACGAAGGACUUCGAUCGUGACACGCUGGAGUUUGUUGAAGAGAGGAAGGCACAACAAAUGGUUGAAGAAGGACCGGCCAACAUAGUCGAAGUAAAAGCCACUGUGUCAAGUCCGGACAGAUCGAUUGAAAACUCACUGAACAAAGCUGUCAACACCGAGUUGACUCGCGCUAUUCCUCUGGUUAUGAACAGGAUGCGAGGUCCUAUGGCUAGUCUCGACAACGAACUGAGAAAGGAGCUUGAGCAGGCACUGGUAGACGAAAUCGCCAAAAAUCUUGGAGACACCAUAGAUCAGAUGGGCAACACUAACAUAGAGGACGAGGACCUCGGAAAACUCAUAGAAGAAGGCUUCAGCGAGAUUGAAAAAGAGUUGGCAUCGAGCUCCACUGAGUCUACUUCCACUGGCAGAACCACCACUCAGCCAACCCACCCAACCGCAACUACGAGAAGAGUGACGACACAAACAACUACAAGGAGGACCACCACGACUGAAGUGGACGAAAUGAUGAAGGAAUCACCGUUUGACAAGGUAGGCCGAUCAAAAAUUGUUCUGAGAUGA